CCUCUCGCAGUGCAAUUAUAUCAAUGGAGGUUUAUACAUACAUGCCCUUGACAUUUAAUUAUUAGUGUUAAAACAACUCUGUUUAGAUUACGAUCAUGUGUGAGAGAGAGUCAUGACAUGCACACGACUACAUAUGCUGCCGAAUGGUAUAUGCGAUAUCGAUUAACCCACAAAUAAGCAAUGUUCCUUCUUUGACUUUUUGGACACAAGUUGAUCUGCUACUUUUUCAUUCUGAUAUUGUUGCUCUGUCAAAGUUGUCCAGUUGUUAAAAAAAACAACUAGUAUUAACUACUCAUUCUUCAUGGCGUACAAACUCGUGCUGUCCAUUGUCGUCGGAAUUGCAGCCUACUUGGUCGGGACGUAUUACUUAUUUCCUUCCCCGGUGAAAUCUCCCGUGGUGGAAAUUGUCACUGGAAAACUGCAAGGACGGAUUUCGCAGUCGAGAGACGGUCGAAAUUACCUCGAAUACUUGGGAAUACCUUACUCAAAACCACCACUUUUGGAAUUGCGUUACGAACCGCCAGAACCUCUCGUGCAGAAAUGGGAGGGUGUAAGGGACGCUACCAAGUUGGGCGCAGAGUGCAUUCAGGUGGACACUCUGAUGAAUCAGGUUGUGGGGAAGGAAGACUGCCUUUUUCUCAAUAUUCACACUCCAAAGCUGGAUGGUUCCAAACCGGUCAUUGUUUGGCUGCAUGGCGGUGGUUUUGCCUUUGGAACUGGUAACAUAUACCGUCCAGACUAUUUUAUGGACGAGAACGUGGUUUUGGUCACUGUAAACUAUCGUCUCUCCAGUUUUGGCUUCCUAAACACGGGGGACGGUGUCGUCAGAGGCAAUGCUGGACUUAAGGAUCAAAACAUGGCGUUACGAUGGGUCCGAGAUAACAUUCAAAAGUUUGGAGGAAACCCAAAAGACGUUACUUUAUUCGGCGAGUCGGCUGGUGGAGCGUCGACCCAUUUUCAAAUGCUUUCCCCAAUGAGCAAAGGGCUCUUCCAUAAAGCUAUUUCUCAGAGUGGCUUGGCAUCCAUGGCUUGGGCAGUCUAUCCAAAUCCGGCUAAACAAGCCAAAAGAUUUGCUGCACAAGCCAACUGUCCGACGGAGGAUACUCGAGAAAUGGUGAAAUGUCUCAAAUCUCGGGAUGCACUAGAGUUGGUCUCCAUACACAAAGAAUGCAUCGACAAACUCCACCCCACAAUUGCCAUGUUCUUCCCCACGGUUGAGGAGGAGAUUGGCGAUGGCAAGUCGUUCCUCACUGAAGACCCAACAAAAAUUAUUGAGAGUGGACAAUUUAAUCAAAUUCCUUUUAUGACGGGUGUAAAUUCGGCAGAAGGUCUACUCCUCUCAUCGGUAAUCGUCGCCAAUAAGACAUUUGCAAGACAAUUGGCGAACAAUUGGGCAGAGUCGCUACGAAAUUUGCUGGUGAUUCGGGACGACGUGGACCCUGCCAUAUUUGAACAAAUCAAGGGAUUCUAUCUCAAAGGAGGAGAUGGACUCGACCCAGAAAACGCGUGGAAUCAAAUUGAAAACCUCACUAACCUUUUUAGUGACGGGAUUUUCAAGCACGGUUUUCACAAGGGGGCGACGAGCCAUACCAAAGCACUCACCUCGAAAUCACCCCCGCUCUUCCUCUAUUAUUACACAUAUCAAGGUGAAUUUGGGCUGGAUCAGAUACUCCUCGCCAUCAAGGGAGAAUUAUUCCAUCCACUCGUCGAAAUUAUUUGGUCCAGGAUCGCAAAUUGGGUCAAAGUCACGUUCAUGGGUGCCGAAAUUCCAAGAUAUGGAGCCUGUCACGGAGAUGAAUUGGCGAUGCAGUUUUACGUCCCACUUUUGGCCUCAGUCCCCAAGGGAAGUCGUGACUAUGAGUUUUCCAAGAAAAUUAUCAACCUUAUCAUGCAGUUUGUGAAACUGGACGCGAAGCAGACCGAACCUAAACUAGAAUUUAUGGGUCAAGCUUGGGUUCCGCAAGUCUCCGAUAAACCCCUACGGUUAAUGCAAUUAGAUUUAAAACCAAAAAUGAUUACAGAACCGUCCAAACAAAGUUUAGCUUUUUGGGAUUCGUUAAAUAUAAGAAAAAAUAUUAAAGUAGGUUUAUGAUAAGCUUUAUUAUGGAAUUUUAUGAACAAUACAAAUGUGAAUAAUAAAUAAGUGGAUACAUAACACAAAUGAC